AUGAAGAGGGGGCCGUUAGAAUCUACUCCUGACGAAGGAACGGGGACUCCUCCCAAGAAACCUAGAACGGGUGAUUUAUCAGGAAUAAAAUCUCAGGGAAAUAUAGAUCGCAUAGCAGAAGCCAAAGCGCGAGUUGCAGCACUGGCAUUGAAAAACAAGGCAAAGCUGGUUGUUGGAACGAAGGAAAACUCUAUAAAUUCAGGUGGAACUGCGAGUGAUCCAGGAGAAAAUAAUGGUACUAAUUCAUCCCAGACGUCGAGAAAUGGCAACCAUGGAAUAGGUCAGCAGGCGUCAAAAUCGACAGCAUCCAGUGCAGCAGAGUUGAUGGCUAAAAUAAGACAGAGGAGGGCACAACUCGAAGCUGCGACUCAAUCGUCAGGCCCAAAAUCAGCAUCUCCAGCACAAUCAUCUCACUCUACUCCUGACAAUAACAAGUCAGGAUCUCGAGCUUCAGCAACGGCCUUGAAACGUGGGCCAGGGCUUAGCACUCCCCUGCAUCCCAUCUUAUUAGAAGCAUCAAGUGUAUCAACAACUGUCAACGAAAGCAAGCCGAACCUUUACUUGGCAAAGGAAGAUCCACAGCCUUCCGUCAACGAUCUAAAUGAACCGGAGGCAAAUCCCUAUUUUGACUCUCUGGUUGCUACGAAAACUAGCUUCGACAGUCGGCGCAAGAGAGGAUUAGCAUUUAAUCCCCAUGGAAAGUAUAUCAGAAGGGCAGAAGAAGAAAGGCACCAAUUGCAGCUGGAUGCUUUAAAAAAGAAGAUUGAGCAAGCUAAGACCAAGGCCUCAAAUUCCGGAUUGCUCGAUGCCGACAUUGUAGCGGGUGAACGUGCUUUCAAGCCGUCCCCUCCACCUCUGGUCGAAUGGUGGGAUGAACCACUUGUUAUUAAUCCCGAUGAUGGAUAUAGCGAGGUAGAUGAAAGGCAAGAGGAGCAUUUCCUUUCUCCAGAGGUUAUCACCCAGUAUAUACAGCAUCCAAUUCCUAUUGUUGCACCUUGGGAAAAGAGUCUUCCGAAACAAGUGAGGCUUCACCUUACGAAACGUGAAACAAAACGAAUGCGUAAAAAUGACAGAGCUGAGAGACAUAAAGAGGCCCAGGAUCGGAUUCGUCUGGGACUAGAUCCAGCUCCGCCACCUAAAAUAAAGCCUUCUAAUGUGAUGAGUGUGUUUGCCAAUGAGGCAAUAAGAGACCCGACCCUCAUGGAGUUAAGAGCGAAGACUGAGGUUGCUCAAAGAAAAGAAAAACACGAGCAAGAUAAUCAAUCGCGCAAACUCACUUCUGAACAACAGUAUGAAAAAUGGAUAGCAAAAUCCGAACGCGAAAAAUCAAAGGGCAUCUAUUGUGCUGCAUUUCGUAUUGACAAACUAUCUGAUGGCCGACAUAAAUUUUUGGUUAAUUAUAAUGCGAAGCAUCUACUGCUUAAUGGUAUGACAAUUUUCAACCCUAAGUUUUGUCUCGUGAUAGUUGAGGGUGGAUUCCUGAAUAUCAAAAAGUUCAGCAAGUUACUACUUGGUCGGAUUAAGUGGACAGAACAUGCUCCUCCACGUGCUAAUGAUCCACCGCUUAGUCCCGAAGAUAUUCCUGACUUGAGUUCCAAUCGAUGUGUGCUUGUCUGGCAUGGGCAGAUAAAAAGUUCGCGAUUUCAGAAAUGGACUCUUAACGAUGCGGAAACUGAGCAGGAUGCAAAAGAUAUUUUGUCCCGGCAUAAUUGUGAACACUUCUGGGUCGAGGCACGAGUCCUGUGA